AUGUAUCUUAAAGCUAACAUAACGAUGUUUGAUUAUGCGGGAGAUGCACUGGCGAACGCAACCAACUAUAACAACAAGUUAAUAGUAUACGAAAUAAUCAAGUAUAUCGAAUUAUCGUUUGGAUUAUUUGGUUGCUUAGGCAACAUAACCAGCCUGGCGGUUUUGACGUGCAAUAAAGUCCGACGCAAUGUCGACUCGCAAGAAAAUGUCGUCUACUACGGACUCCUUGCCAUCACAAUUUCUGACCUGCUCUUCUGCUCUACGAUUCUUCCUAAGGUUGGCAUCAAACCGAGUCAAACGGUGUACAAGUCGUGUACGAACUUUGAAGCAUUGUACAACCUGUACGGAUCAUCACUGCUUGGUACAUUCACGAUGUGGAGCGUUUGGUUCAUCGUCGUCACGUCAGCCAUGAGAUACAUUGGCAUCUGCCACCCUUUGAAGGCACGCUAUUUGAUAAGCAAGAAGAAAAUAGUCACAGUAUUAAUAGUCGUCACCGUCAGCUGCUCCAUCCUCAACUCUCCGUCAUUCUUCAUCUUCAGCAUGAAUGAUUAUUGUGAAAUCGACGUAGGAUAUUUUUUUCCUGGCUCGUUAAAGGGAAAAAUUUUUAUAUACGUGAAAUUUAUUUUUUGCACCGUGGUCCCGUUCAUCAUGCUGAUAUUUUUCAACACUCGUCUGCUGAUCGCGCUGAGAAAAUCAGAAAAAUUUCGAAAGAAGAGCAGUCCUUAUUCUUCAAACUGCACGACGGCUACCAGGAAAAAACUUUUGUUAAAACAUUCUCGCAUAUUGGAGAACCUAUCAAAAAAAUAUUUCAAAACUGCUGCGUUAAACAACAACGACCCAAGCAUAUUGUUCAGCAAGAACGAACCUCCGCCGGUGAACAUCAUGAGCAGCGAUGCCGACGAGAAUGAAAAUGACCCCACUCAAAAAAACGUCAAAUUUGUGAAAAAUGAAAUGAACGGAGUAAUAACAAGUGAUCUGGAAGUUGGAACAUCAGAAAAUGCCAACCCUGUCUGUUUCGGCAUCACAGAACUUGACGUCAUAACGACAGUGAACCAGCUGUCUACCACCGCCACAACAACGGCAACCUCAUCCACAAACUCUGCUGCUGCUGACAACAACAUUUUAAAAGUCGACCUUGCAGAGGUCAGAAAAAAAUUAAAAACCGAAGAAGGUGCAAGAUGUUGUUUUAAAAGAUUGAAUUGGUUGCCUACAUGUUCGUGCAAUCUUUCAAAACCGAUCAACCGAAAUUCGAGCAACAGAUUAACAGUCAUUUUAAUCACCAUGACCUGCUUUUAUAUUCUUUUUAUUUUUCCAUGCGAAAUUUUAGACCUGGACUACAGUCAGAUAUUUAAAUUGAACGUAGCUGAAAACUUCUCGUUCAACGAAAACAGCGACUUCAGUGACUACACAGACAACUCAACAAUGAAUGCUGAUGAGUUUGUGAACCCGGAGAAAGAAUUUUCAUUCGACCACUACAGCUUGACCCCUCACGCCAUCGCUGACCUUCUCUACGUCAUUAUCUUCUCCAGCAACUUCUUCUUCUACAGCAUCUUGAACGUACAUUUUAGACAGACAUUAAAGGUGAUACUAGGUGAAUGCGUUCCUUACUUCAAAACAAAGAACCAGCAAGUGCUGCACAGAUUUGACAAGAAAUCAUGCUGGAACGCCAAAAAACUUGACGCGUCUGAGAAUAGUGAACACUUCUCGAGUUUGCACGCCACUGAAAGGACCAACGUUCAAAUAAUGAACGAAAUCGUGAACUCUGACAUUGAGUUGACGUUAAUUUGUGAAAAUGUCAUUCUGGGUUUUUUCUAA